CGCCGGGCGGUCACGUGGCGGCCGCGCGCGUCCCCGUCCGCUGCGGGCUCCGAAGCCGAGGAGAAAAGGCUGCGAGGUGGCUGCGGCGGUGGCCGAGAGUACAGAGAAUAAACCAGCAGUGGAAGAGAAAACCCUACAGGUUGGCUGACAACUGGUAAAGAAGAUGUUCUGUUUUUGUGACAGGUGCCUGUGGGAUCUGUGAUAGAAAUGUGACUGUCUCCUCCUUUGUGCUCCCUGGCAUCUGUUGUGCUCAGCUCAUAAAGUGUGUGUUGUACAAAUGAUGGCUGGCUGUGGUGAAAUUGAUCACUCAAUAAAUAUGCUUCCUACAAAUAAGAAGGCGAGCGAGUCCUGUUCUAAUGCUGCACCUUCUCUAACAGUUCCUGAGUGUGCCAUUUGUCUGCAAACGUGUGUUCAUCCAGUCAGUCUGCCCUGUAAGCAUGUUUUCUGUUAUCUAUGUGUAAAGGGCGCUUCAUGGCUUGGGAAGCGAUGUGCUCUUUGUCGACAAGAGAUUCCUGAGGAUUUUCUUGACAAACCAACUUUGUUGUCACCAGAAGAACUUAAAGCUGCAAGUAGAGGAAAUGGUGAAUAUGCUUGGUAUUAUGAAGGAAGAAACGGGUGGUGGCAGUAUGAUGAGCGCACUAGUCGGGAGCUGGAAGAUGCUUUUUCCAAAGGGAAAAAGAACACGGAAAUGUUAAUUGCUGGGUUUCUGUAUGUGGCCGAUCUUGAAAACAUGGUUCAGUAUAGGAGAAAUGAACAUGGACGUCGCAGGAAGAUUAAGCGAGAUAUAAUAGAUAUACCAAAGAAGGGAGUAGCUGGACUUAGGCUGGACUGUGACACUAAUACUGUAAGUCUAGCAAGAGAGAGCUCUGCCGAUGGCGCGGACAGUGUAUCAGCACAGACUGGAGCUUCUGUUCAGCUUCCAGUGCCGUCUUCCUCCAGGCCCCUAACUUCAGUUGAUGGUCAGCUAACCAGCCCUGUAACACCAUCCCCGGAUGCAGGCACUUCUCUGGAAGACUCUUUUGCUCAUUUACAACUCAGUGGAGACAGCAUAGCUGAAAGGAGUCAUAGAGGUGAAGGAGAAGAAGACCGGGAAUCACCAUCUUCUGGCAGAGUGCCAGACACUUCUGUUGAAGAAACUGAAUCUGACGCCAGUAGUGACAGUGAGGACGCCCCUGUGGUGGCUGCACAGCACUCCUUGACCCAGCAGAGACUUUUGGUCUCAAAUGUAAACCAGACAGUAGCUGACCGAUCAGACCGAUUAGGGACUGACCGAUCAGUAGCAGGGGGUGGAACCAUGAGUGUCAAUGUCAGAUCAAGAAGACCAGAUGGACAGUGCACAGUGACAGAGGUUUAAACAAACGUCUUCAGUGCCACACUCAAAGGUGAAAUGGAUACCUGUAAAUUUCUGCCCACAUAACAUUAUACUCAUCCUUAGUAGUGCAUUGUGGGAGUUGGGGGGUAAGGGAUAUGGGAAGGACAUACCUGAAAUUAAAAUGUCUAACAUG